AUGGACGAGUGCGAGCUGGCUUGCGAUCGAAUCGGCAUUAUGGUGGACGGCCAGCUGCAGUGUCUGGGAACGCUACAACACCUCAAAGAGAAGUUUGGCAGAGGCUACACGCUCAUGAUCUCCCUCAAGGACGGCCAAGGAACGGACCCGGCCGCCGUCAAGUCUGCCGUCGAAGAAGCCUUCCCUGGCAUACGACUGAGGGACCAACGCGAGGCGCGAGUGGUGCAGAAGUGGUUCUGGAACUACGCCAUGCUGGUCGUGAUCUUGGUCAGGGUGGCCGCCCUGGUGGGAAUGCUCCUCAUGUGCCACUACCUCGGCGUCAUCCUGCCAAGCAACAGACGGAUCGCCCACUCCCCCGACGCCACUCCCGCGAACGACACCGCAAUCCAACCAGUUGCGUCGGAACUGAACAGGAGCUCAUCGUCAGACCAGAGUGCCUACGCACAACUGCCCAAGUUGGCACCGCCACAGGACGCCCUGGAAAGCCUCGUCGAGGACGCGCUGCAAUCCGGCAGGCUUCAACCGGGUUCCUCGUCCAAGACGCUUUUCGGAGAGUUGCUGGGCAUGUGCAGGCACCAAGCACCCGUCACAUUUAGGGUUAUGCUCAACGAACUAUAUGGCGAAUCAACGGCAUUAAAGCUCUACUUACUGUCUGUGUAUUUAUAUACUCUCCAAUACAGAGGAAUCGACGGCUGCAUAAAGCUGCGGGAGAGUUGCCACUCUGAAGUUUUCCGCAUCAGUGGCAUCCGGGGCACCGCAGUUCUGAAGGUCGUUCACAUCGAAUACAUAGUCCGACACCUUCAGCAUUUGGUCAGCGAGGUGAAAGUCGGUCUGUUCCUGAAGGACCUGAGAGGGAAUCCCGAUAACCGGACGGCGGGAUUUUCCGAACUUCGCGAUACGUACUGCAUCUGGGACAAGUAUCCAAGCGUCCUGGACCACGCCUGCAUGGUGUAUCAUAGCAAGAAAAACUUCUCGCUUUUCGGAGAAGAUAUCAGAGAUCUACACCGGCCUUAUUUUGUCAUGUGCAUGUCUUAUGCUGGGCAGCCUCUCGUCAAGGCACAGUUCGACAAUUCUCUUCAAGUUCGUUCUGUCAUCGAGCAAGUGGCCAUGGCACUGGCCGUGGGCGAAACCGCCGUCCAGUUUGAACACCGUGGACUCACCACCGAUCACAUUCUAGUGAAACCGAGCCACGACCAGCGCACCCAGUACUGCCUCAUGAGCAACAGCGUCUUUAUCGACAUGCACGGUGUUGAGGCCAGCAUUGUGGACUUCUCAAUGUCCCGUAUGUGUCUCACACCCGAUGCCCAACCGCUGUACUCCGACCUUCACAGGGUGGCAGAUGACAAAAGAUGCACUGAGGGCGAAUGUUUCCUCAAGAUAUAUGACCUUGUGCGGGAUGACCUGUCCAAGUUCCGCCCGUGGACGAACGUCAUUUUCCUCAGCGACGCGGUCAAGCAACUUCGUCUGAUGUACCAAGACUGCUUCUGCCAUCCGAAGUCCGAAGCCGAGUCCCACGCGUGGCGAGACGUGUGCUUGUGGGCCGAGGAACUGCUGAGCUUUAGCAGCGUCACCGGCUUCGUCCUCGCACGGGUGAUUCCGAAGGCACACUCUUCGAGCGAGAAAUCUCGUAUGGACUUCUAUGGGAUGUAG